AUGACAUCUAAUCAAUCGGCUGACAGCUAUAACGGUGCAGAUCACGAAAAUUUCUCGUGGUCACAGAGUAUAAAUGAUAUCGACGUGAUUGUGAAGAUUCCUGGUGGGUUGAAGUGCCUUGAUGACCUCAAAAUUCAUGUCUCGACGAGGGGAAUCAAGGUCGAGGCGUGUACGAGGAAUUUCAGGACAGGUGAUGGGGAGUCAGACUGGUGCGUUAUUUUCCAGGGAGAGCUGAGCUACGAAAUUAAAAGUACAGAGAGCAUUUGGACUUUUGUGGCUGGGAAAUAUGUUCACAUCCACUUGGAGAAAUUAUCAGAGAGAUGGUGGGAGUCAUUGACCACUGAUGAAGCGAAGAUCUCAUUAGACAAAAUUGAUUGUUCCCGUGACAUUGAUGAGCUGAACCCCCAGGAGCAGAUGACACUGAAGGAACUGAUGUGGCGAGAGCAUGAAAAAAAAUUGAAAAGAGUCGAGAAAGUGAAGGAAUAA